GGGUGCUGCAGGUGGCCCCUGGCAGCCGCCAUGAGCGCCCGGCGCUCCCCGGGGCCCCGGCGGGGGAGAGCGGAGAGUCGCCGCAAGAUUGAAGAUCUGAAGAAGAUAAACUAUGAGCUAAGGCAACAUGUCAUACAACUUCUUAAUAAGAAGCAAGUGGUGGGAAGUCAAGUGGAUAGGUUCACCAGUAAAAAUGAUCACCUGUGUGAAGAACUGGCUGUAAUUGGCAAACUAUCUGAGCAGCUGGAGAAAGAAUUGCUAUUGAACACUGCUGAUAAGGAGCUUAAGGAAGCAAAGAUUCAAAUUCAAAACCAGCAGAAGACAAUAAAGAAGCUGGAACACUCAGUGAAAACACUCAAAUCUGUUGUUUUACAAACAGAAGCUGAAAUGAAGCAAGGGAGGUCACCUUCAAAGCUUGAUGCCUUUAUUAAGACGUUGGAAGAGGACAGAGACUACUAUAAAAGUGAGACUGAGAAUUUGCUGAAGAUAUUUAGAAACACAUUUGCAAGUCCUAAGCGAACCAAUACUUGCGGCAGCAUGCUAAAAAAAAUUUCAUCCAUCCAGGGAGUGACUUUUGCUCCAGACGUUUUGAAAAUAUUGAGAGAACGUGAAGACCUUAAGUCAACACAGAAAAAAUAUGAGCGCCAUGUAGCAGAAAUUCAGGGUAACCUCAACGUUUUAACAGCUGAGAGAGACAAAAUGGUCAAUCUUUAUGAACGGGCACAGCAAGAGAUUUCCCGACUUCGUCAGGAAGUUAUCAAGUGCCCAGGGAGUCCUAAAGCUACUGUGACAGCUCAAGCUAUGUUAAGACAAGUGGAGAUGGAAAGGGAUACAGUACUGUCAGAUUUUCGAAGGAUGACUACAGAACGUGAUAGCCUCAGGGAGCAGUUAAAGAUUUCCCAAGAGACUGUAUUUAAUGAAAAGGCUCGUUUGGAACAGCGGAUUGAAGAGCUAGAAGCUACUAUUCAAAAUUUAGAGAGUGAACGGUUAGAACAGGUGUCCAAAGUGACGCUAAUGAAAGACACCAUUGAUUCUCUGGAAACUGAGAUUAAAAGAUUGGCAAGAAAAGCACUGAACUCUGAAACUGAGCUGAGCCGACGGGAAGCUGAAUAUGUUUCACUUAAUUUAUUAAAUGAAAAGACAGAACAGAGUCUUUCAGAGGCUCAGCAAAGCCUUGUUAAGAAAAAAUAUGAACUACAAGUUGCUCAAGAGAAAAUUACACUUCUGGAUGAAAAAAUUGAUAACUUUUCAAGACAAAGUCUUGUACAACAAGAGGAGAUAUGUGCUUUGAAGGGAACAGUUGCGCAACUCAAUAAAGAGAAGGCAUCUUUGCAAGGCUGUGUGGAAGAAGGAAGAAAAAUGAUUGCUACUUUUGAGGAAAGCCUGGCAACUAAAGAGAAAAUAAUUACAGAUUUCAAGAUUCUGAUUUCUGAGUUGGAGCGUUCCAUAAAAAAAUCUUCUGAAGCACUCUAUAUCUGUGAGAAAGAUAUCACCACUUUGGAUCAACAGCUACAAGAAACCACCAAAGAACUUGUGCAGGCUAACAAGAACAGAGAAUCAUUAGCUCAGGAGAAUGACAGGUUACAAGAGCAUCUUUCUAAUAUUAAGCAAGAAAAUCAGGUAUUAUAUAAAAAGCUAGCAAAGUACCAAAAUGAGCUUGAUGAUACGAAGUUGAAAGCCCAGGAUUUAAACAUAGAUGUUGUCAGGCUGAAGGAUGUACUGAAGUCUAAAGAGAGAGAGAACUGUGAGCUUUUGGAGAAGUACCACAAAGCCCGUGAACAAGGACAAAGUUGGGAAGCAAAAUGCCGUCAAGCGGAAGCAGAUUGUAGCUCUGUUAGACUGGUACUGAUGAGUGCAGAGUCUGAGAACUGCAGGUUAAAGCAGAAAGCGGAGUCCCUUGAAAGAGUGAUUGAGCAACUGCAGAGCAAGUGGGAGUCAUCCCAUUCUGAAAUAGAGCUCCUGAGAAAACAACUGGGAAAUGAAAGAGCAGCUAUGAAAAACCUGGAAUCUUUGCUUGUGUCCAGUCGUGAGAAAGAACUUCAGUCACAGAUAGCAAAGCAAGAAAAAGACUCUGAAAUGCAGCUGCUCAAGGAACAGCUCUCUGUAGCAGAAGAUAAAGUUGCUGCACUGAGUCGAGAUUUUACUCAGCUCCGAAAUAGAGCAGCUCAGCUAGAGUUGGAACUGGAUAUGACCAAAAGACAGCUGGGGACUGAGCGCACUGAAAGGGAGCGUGUUGUAAAGGAGCUUCAACGUCGGAAUCGUAUGAUCUCAUAUCAGUUAAGCUCUACAUUAAGAACAUCAUCACCUGAACAUUCCCGUCAGCCAUUUCCUGAUUGGUCUCCAGACUGCUCCCUGGAAGGGAAUUCUUGUUUCAAGGACUUAUAAUGUUAUAUUCACGAUGGCUUGUGAAGACUCUGCACACCAUCUGGAGAGUUAAAGUUGGAUGCUCAUUUAAUUAAUCAUUUUUCCCUCCUGAAUGCUAAAUUUCAUUAAAUCUCAUUCACAAAUGCUUGCACAGGUUUUUCAUCACUCUUAAUGUUGUUCAUCAGAAAGAAAACAGUUCAGAUAGCUUCCUCUCCCACCACUCUCCCAGCUCUUGUAUUACCACGUGAAUGCCCCAUGUCAGUAAUCAGAAAGAAAAAGCCCCACAAGUUCCAUUGACUUUACUGACAGCGUGUUUUUAUUUUAAAAGUGUGUGUAAUUUUAAAAGGUUAUUGAUAUAGCUGAAAAAAGGGGAAAGAAAAUAACAACAUGAAACUUUAUUGGGGAGAAAAAGUGUCUAUAUUCAGGUGUUAUGAUUUGGGUGUAUUUGUGCUGAACUACGUGAGUAUUACACUUGAGAGAAUGCUGUGCCAUCUCAAGAUAGGAAGAGUUUGGGGAUUUCUUUCCUCUCUUCAAACCUGACUUAUUCAUCUGGAUAAAUAAGAUAGCAAUGCCAGCAAAUACCAGUGUUUAAAUACCCAUGUAUGAAGAGAUGUAUUUUGUUGUACUGGAGGUGUGUUCAACUUCUAAGAAUUUUAUUAAAACUGUACAAAGUUUCUACUUAGAGUUCUUUAAUAUGAGUGAGUACUGAUUGGUGACAGUUAUUGGCACUUUAACUCGCUCAGAAUUUCCGCACUUUGUUAUGUCAUAACGUUUGUCUGUGUUCUAUGUUCUCACCUUUUAAAUGCAAGAGAAAAUGUAAAAUUCUCUCCUACAAAUCAUCUGGGAAAUCUGUGCUUCAGUAUUUGGAAAUAGAGAAGUAAUUCCUGUUUAAUUCAUGUAAAUUAUUCAUUUUUUUAAUAGAUUCGUCCUUCUCGCUAUCUUCAUAAAAGGUCUCCAGUUUAUUUUUUAAAAGCAAAAGCAUGUUGGUUGCAGUAAUGGUUUAAAUGUAUAUCUUGCACCUAUGUUCCUUCGUAUGAAUUUGGUUUGUGAUAACCUAACCGCUAAAUAUUAACCUAUUUUGAGUAAUGAUUGAAGACAGCAUAACCCAUAUGAAUGCCUCUAACUGCCUUUUAAAACCUGUUGAUAUGAGCUGUUGAUAUGAUUCUAUGCUGCUUUUUAGGAGCAGGUAGCUUUAAAAAGCCUAUAAAAGUAUUUUGAUUAAUAAUGUAAAAAAAUAUAAUAUAUAUAAAUAUAUGCCUGAACUAUACAUUUCAGGAUUAUCUUCCAUAAGAGAAACAGUAGUUUUCAGCACAGGUCACUUGAUUUUAAUUUGUAGGUUAGAAUUCUUCAUUCCUUAUUUGGCGGACAACCACAGAGGUCAUUCUGGCAAUCACCAGUGUUAAUGGGACUACUUGCAAGUAAUAAAGACUGUAGGAUCAGACAUGAUGAUAUUGACCGUUUCCACAUUAUGCAGUUAUUAAAAGGAAUAUUGUACACUUUUCCCAGAUGAGAGAUGAUCAUCUCAUCAUCCCAGAAGAUGAAAAAGCAGUUUAUUGUUUUGCAAUCAUAUUGCCAUAUCGAUUUUUUCUUUUUUUAGAAGAUGAUCACAAAAAGCUUGAGAUGUGAUCUUAGUCUAUAAAACUAAUACCCUAUCAUUUAGAAGAUGAGAAGAUAUUAGAUAAACAUAAAAUAGAUCAAACUGAGUUGUUUUGGGGCGUGGAUAUACUGUGCAGAAGCCCACGUCCUAAGAUGUAAUUAAUUCCUUAGUUGCAACAAUGAUGGCUUUUUCAUAUAAGAUCAUAAAGAAGUCAGUAACGAGGUGCUGCCCUACGAAGUAAAAGUGCAGGAUUCUUCAGCAAUUUGGACUUUAAAAUUCUUAAGUAGAGAGGAUUAAGGGCAAAUGAGGUUAUAAAUACCAAGAUGUAAUAAACUUGCUUUUUGCAGAGUACUCCAGUAAAGUAAUAGCCUUUAUUAUCAGGGUUAGCCUUUCCCUAGAAAAUGUUACGGAAAUAAAAGCUUUGUUUUUCUGCAGGCAAAUUGCAAAGCAAUCAUUAGGCUAUGGAUGGGGCCAAAGGAAUUUUUUUCAGUGGUGGUGUGAUGUAGAUUUCAAGUGACUUCUGACAGCAACUAAUUGUUAUGUAAUUACAUAUUGUUAAGAAAAACAAUCAUUCAAGUGAGUAUAUUCAGAGAGCAAUAUUGCUGUAGUGGCAGCCUCCUACAUUUGAAUAUACUCAAAUAUACCAAAUGUGUUACACACUUUGUGAUAGUAUCUCUUUCCUUGUAAUGUGGGUUACUUGUGGUAGGGUGAUUUUCUUGUUGCUUUAUUACAGUAUUCUGGUUGGAAAGAAACAUACACCAGAAAUCUGUUUAUCAUCUGUUUUACAUUUGUGACACUUACUUGCAACUGUGAACAACGUAAUACUUGAUUUUUAUACAUGUUUAUACAUGUUUUAAAGUUGUCUUUUACCACAAUAUUUUUACAUAGGCAAACCUGAAAAUGCAACUUGUGGUUUCUUAUCAAGUAAGAGCAUGUUAAAUUUUUUCUCAGCUACUUUGUGAUGAUCUAAAAUUAUCCAUUUUGCAUAACAAAGAAUUCUACCAUACUUUUCAAAGUAUUCAUACUCUUCUGCAGCAAUAUUUUCUUAAUUUCUAGCCACUGUUUUUGGACUUGUUUCUAACUGACUUCGCUUCUCCAUGGCAAUGGAAAUUGGCACCAUUACUCAGUAGAAAGUAUUUUACUUGAGCAUAAGAGGUUUACAGGGUUUGUAGAAGAAUUCAGUGCCUCUGGUGCCCUCCCUCCUCAGUCUCUUCUCCACACUAGAAGAAACAGGAGCUACUAUGUCUGUGUACAGAACAGUAUCUCCAUCAUCAGUAUGGUUUCAGCAAGGAGGAAGAAUUCAUUGUGCAUUGCUGUCGAAGUAUUUCACUGCUUUUUGUAAAAUCUAUGCAAACAACCUUUCAGCAGCAUUUGUAUCUAUGUGAUUUAUCCUACUGUUUCCAAUCAAAGAAAAUUGGAUUGUAUUUUUUUCCUUUCAGUCACUAAUAAAGCUCGAACUUCAGCAA